CGAUAUAUGCGGAAGCGGCGUAAUAGAUUUUGCUUUGAUCUUUUUAGAGCGUAAAACGAUCUAAGUCAAAAUGACAACCAGAUCAAGUGCUAUGGAACUUUACUUUUCCACCUGUAGAUGUGUAAUGCAGGCAGACCCGCUCGAUCGCGAGUCUUGGACGGAUCUAUACCGAUAUUUGCCACUGAUGAGGCAGGCCAUUUCGUGCAGUGUUUGCGGGAAUAUUCUGUUAAAACCUUUGCGACCACCGCACACGAUUUGCCAACACAAUAUUUGCGCCGGGUGUGUCGGCGGGAAGUUCCGAUUGAAGCCGACAUGCAGUUGGUGCAAAACUCACACGAAUUUUGUCGAAAAUAGCCAGAUGAGAUUAUUGAUUUUGUGUUUCAAGAAACUGUGCACUUACAUCUAUGGAUCGCCGAUUGGGACAGAAAUAUCGGCGAGUACGACGAACGGCGAGACCAACAGUUUGGAGCUGUUGUUGAAAGAGGUUAUCAAGUUUGAAGAUAAAGAAUAUACUGUGGGGACGACGGUUUCACGUCUGACUAUGCCCGUGUUGACUCCUGUUACAGUAAAGAAUCAGAAACCUGGCAGGCGAAAAUUAAAAUAUAUUGGAUCCAAUGUCGCAAACGAAAAUUCUCGAAGCGAUCCACCAACAUUGCAUCCUAUUCACAUGACGUCUGAUGAUGCCAUUACGUCGUCCAGUGACUUUGCAAAUACAACCAAUAACUAUGUUUCUAGUACAGAUCAUUGUGACCAGUCGUCUGAGGCCAUUCCAAGAUCAAGCACCAAUCACAGGCGAGUUCACAGCAGAGUUCGUUCACAAAGCUUGAACCUUGGAUUACCGAAGAAAGUCCAGUUUCACCGAAAAUCAUAUGAUGACAAACAUCAUUUUUUCAGACGACAGCAGAAGCUUAAGCAGCUCAAAUCGCAGCGGAUUUCGUACGAGGAGAAAUUCCUGUCUCAGCUACCCACCAAACGACUUCGUACGGAAACGACAGAAUCCGAGCCGAAGAGGAAGAUCUGCAAGUGUGCGCGCAACAAUCUGCCCAACAUCCUCACGUGCAUGGGCCAGCGGUGUCCGUGUUACAGCAACUUCAUGCCGUGUGUUGGCUGUCUGUGCCGAGGCUGUCGGAACAAUCGGAAAGGCACGAGCGAUAAAGCAUUUGUGCCCAUCAGUCCGUCAGGCCUGCGGUCACAAGGUCAGUUUGGUUUCCUGAACUCGUCCAGUGACUCGCUGUGAUGAAGGCAGCAUGUAUUCCAGGUCCCUGAGAAGUGAACAUUUGUGUACACGUUUUAUCGAUUACGCAUUUUUUUUUCUCCAGAUAACCCCUUUCAUUUUUUACAUAACCCAUUAUGACCGGGUAAAUGAUGUCAUAAAUUCAGUGCACGAACAAAAAAUGGGUUACGCAAAACUAUAUUUACACAAGUGAUGCGCGAACAAAACUAUCGUUCUCUCAGAUUUUCAGAGGUCUUUAUUGAUAAAUUUGUACCCACUGAAUGAUAAACGUCAAGUGCCAGGAUCUCACAGUUUAUAAUGUACUCCCACCCCGACUCCCUGACUCCUAGACUCCCACCCUGACUCCCACCCACACACAGACUUUUUUCUUUAAAAUCUUGAUUAGUGCUAUUUCUAGUCAAUUGAAAAUUGAAUAGCACUAUACUGUUUAAUGUAAAAUUGUGUAGCGAUCUCUGAAACUUGCGUAGCGAAUUGCGAUGUGAUACUAAACAAAAUGUUUCCUGACAACCGUCCAAAAAAUUAAGCAAUUUAUUAUCACUAUGUAUGUAUGAGCAUCAAAUAUGGGAGUGAUUUAAUUUCUUGCCUACCUUAUGUUAUGGGGCAGCGUUUCUGCCAAUUUUUGGGUAUGGCGCUUUGGAAUUGAAUGCAACCACAGUCAUCAGGGGGUAUGGGGGGGCCUCCCCCAGAAAGAAAAUGGGUUAACUUUUGGGUUAGGGUUAAGAAAAUCCUACAGUAAAAAUAAGAGCAGUUAAUUUUGUCAAAAGGUUAACUUUAAAAACAAAAUCUGCAAAACAUUUUGGGUAUGGCGCCAUACCCGUUUUACCCUCUGGCAGAAACCUUGUGGGGUACCACUUAAGACGUUACCAUACUGAUACAUAGAUAUAAAUUCGCAUGCUAAAGGAGUUUAAAAUGACUCUCCAUGAACUAGUCUCAGGGGAGUGAUGGGGAGCGAGGUGAUAUAUAGCUCCUCUUGAAUGGUAAGGGCUGAUUCAUAUUGUUAUUUAAAGUAAGUCGACAUACAGUUGGAAAAUCUAGAACAAAAAAAACCUUAAGUUGCUUAAUUUUUUUAACCUCUUGAAGGUGAAGUCAGAUUGGCGUUUGACCUUCAAAACGGCCCAACAAGAGUGUUAACUGAAGAGGAAUGUACCAUGGUGAGCAGAAAAUGUCUGCCAAAUUAUCAGUUAAAACGUCAAACGUUGCCGAAACCCAGUUGUUUUCCAACAAAUUAUUACAUGCAAUUAUUUCGCCAAAUUAAAAUAAAAUUUGCGAAUUUUAAAAAAAAUCACUACUGGCGAAUUUGGUUCGUACCAGAGCUAUUCCAGCAUACACACAGUGUACAUUUCAAGUCAAUAAAAAAUCCUUUGCUUCUAAUCGAAAAGAGUAGCCCAUUAAGUGGUGACAGCGGGUUUCCUCUCUCAAUAUCUGUGUGGUCGUUAACCAUAUGUCUGAUGCCAUAUAACCGUCAAUAAAAUGUGUUGAGUGUGUCAUUAAAUAAAACAUAUCCUUCCUUCCUUCCUUCCUUCCUUCCAUCCAACCAUGUCAUUAUAUACAGGACUAGCUCUGGGUUCACGAACAGAAGUUUCAGCAAAUUAUUAAACUUCCAAAGUUGCAGUGCAGAAACCCAAUUAAUUUCUAACAAAAUAUCAAUCAUUACAUUAAAUUAUUUCACCAAAUUGAAAUAAAAUUUGCAAUGGGUGAAUUAUCAAUAUAUGAGUGUCGCAGCUAAUGCUGUUAUUGGGUAUCUGCCUUGUUACCCUGCCUUUUAAAAUCAUGGUGGCUAAAUAAAUAGAUUGUUUCUGGACUUUAUUACAUUAAAUAGUCGUCAGAAUGGAGGAGCUCGUUUGUUACAUAAAAAAUCUAAUGGAUGAGUUGAUAUGUUGCAUUUUAAUUUCUUUUUGGUCAUCCGAUGGACUACAUAACAUGUAUGUGUAUCUUUGUAAAAUUUGUAAAUGCCCUUAAUCUGUAAAGAUUGCGUUGGGUGAUUGGGUAACUGACAACCUUGUAAGUAAAUGUAUAUUAUAGUAUGAAGGCAUAUGACAAAAUAAUUUGGCAUCUGGCAAAUUUAAUUCGCUGUUGCAUCGUUUUUACAGUGAAAUGUCCUGAUUGUUUACAGUGAAAUGUUCUGAUUGUGAUGAAGAUGAAUGACAUUGUUUUUGGGAGGUGCACAACACAGCUGUCUACUUGAACGAGGAGUCUCGUGCUGUAUAACACAAACACACAGUGUGUCACAUGUUCUGCCGUAAUAUAGGUAUUGAAGGGGACCAUUUUCUAUGAUCAUGGAUAAAUGGAUGGAACCUAAGGAAUUCCUUCAUUAACUAAAACAAAAUUUCAGAUUUUUACAGAUCGAAAUGUCUAUUUUUAGUGGGGUUUUUUUUAAAGAUUUCCCUCCCACUCUUUGGUCAUUACAGGGGCGUCGGAAGCGGUAGGGCCAUGGCCGUACCACUCUUUGGUCAUUACAGGGGCGUCGGAAGCCGUAGGGCCAUGGCCGUACCACUCUUUGGUCAUUACAGGGGCGUCGGAAGCCGUAGGGCCAUGGCCGUACCACUCUUUGGUCAUUACAGGGGCGUAGGACCAUGGCCGUACCACUCUGGUCAUUACAGGGGUGUCGGAAGCCGUAGGGCCAUGGCCGUACCACUCUUUGGUCAUUACAGGGGCGUCGGAAGCGGUAGGACCAUGGCCGUACCACUCUUUGGUCAUUACAGGGGCGUCGGAAGCGGUAGGGCCAUGGCCGUACCACUCUUUGGUCAUUACAGGGGCGUCGGAAGCGGUAGGGCCAUGGCCGUACCACUCUUUGAGCCAGGAACAUUUGUUUUCUCUUCUCGUGGCACUCACAUAGUAUAGAUCUCAAUAUAUACAUUGCUUUUAUGUCUGUACCAACUUUUAAUUGCUUCCGAUGCUCCUGCAUUAACAUAACUGAAUCAUGUGACUCAUUCAUCUAAUAACGUAAUUCAACUUUGUAAAACUCUGGGUGUACAUACAUGUAUAUGUAUCCAUUAAUUUGUAUGGGAGAAGUUCACAUUAUUUGUAGCAAAAACUAAAAUGAUCUCAACACAUUAAUUAGAAAUGGUAAAAAAUGGAAUAUGCUGAAAUGGGAAACAGAAUUGACCAAACUCUGAAACAGAAAAUCAUCCUCUGUAAUACAUACACUGUGACAUUAAUGUGUACGAUGGUGUAGUACACACUUGUUACAUAUUUAAUGUGUAUGUGAUGUAUAUUACAUGUAUAUUACACACUUGUUACAUAUAUGUAUUUAAUGUGUAUGUGAUAUAUAUUACAUGUAUAUUACACACUUGUUACAUAUGGAUUUAAUGUGUAUGUGAUGUAUAUUGUACACUUAUUACAUAUGUAUUUAAUGUGUACAUGAUGUAUAUUACACACUUGUUACAUAUGGAUUUAAUGUGUAUGUGAUGUAUAUUACAUGUAUAUUGCACACUUGUUACAUAUGUAUGUAAUGUGUAUGUGAUGUAUAUUACAUGUAUAUUACACACUUGUUACAUAUGGAUUUAAUGUGUAUGUGAUGUAUAUUACAUGUAUAUUGCACACUUGUUACAUAUGUAUGUAAUGUGUACAUAAUAUAUAUUACACACUUGUUACAUAUGUAUGUAAUGUGUACAUGAUAUAUAUUACACACCUGUUACAUAUGUAUUUAAUGUGUAUGUUGUGUAUAUUACACACCUGUUACAUAUGUAUUUAAUGUGCACAUGAUGUAUAUAAGUUUCUUGAUUUAUACGUUUCUUGUAUUACAAUGCUAAAACCGGUCACACGGAUGGCCAAAUAUACAUACAUGUACUAGUCAUUCAAGGUACUUGUUCCUUUUUGUGGGUGCUGGUGAGGGAUGUAACCCACUUGUAAAGCGCUCGCCUGAUGCGCCAUCAGUUUAGGAUUGAUCCCUUUUGGUGGGACCUUUGGGCCAUUUAUCAUUCCAGCCAGUGUACCACGAUUGGUAUAUCAAAGACUCUGCAAGGUUUCUGCCAGAGGGUAAAACGGCUAAAAUGCCAUCCCCAAAAUUGUUUACAGAUUAAAAGUUUUUUUUUUUAGAUAACCUUUUGACAAAAUUAAUGACUCUUAUCAUUACAGUAUGAUUAAUGUUGGUUUUAAAUGAUGAUAAAACUAUUCUUAUGUUCAGCAGGAUGUCACAUUAUGGAAGGAAUAUAUUUAAAGCAAGGUGAAUAGAGAUAGGAAAAUGCAUCUGAGGGAUCCUAAAUUCCAUUUUCUUUGGCACCCGCAUUCUAAAAACUCAAUUCCUUAGUUUUUUGUGUGUUUUUUUCUUGUUUUUUUUCCUUUCAAUUCCUUAGUGCCAUACCCAAAUAUUUUUUUGUGGCAGAAACCCUGCCGUGGUAUGUGCAGUCCUCUCUGUGGAAUGGAACAUAUAAGAUCUGUUGCUACUAAUGGAAAAUGCAACAUGUUUCCUCUCUUAAGACUAUAUAUAAAAAUUACCACGUCUCACAUCCAAUAGCUGAUGAUUAAUAAAUCAUUGUGCUCUAGUGGUGGUGUUAAACAAAACCAACUUUAAUUACUUGUUCCUCUUUGCACAAAUUACCCUAAUGUCUUAAUUUAGGUAGUUUUCCCUUCUUCAGUAAAUGGUGUGCUUAACAUCAUGAUAAAAUUAUGUUUGCGUCCUUUAAAUAUCAAUAACUGUAAGUUUUAAAAAUUGUGUGCCACAGAUGUCAUUUUUUAAAAGUUUGGGGAAAAAGUCCUUGUACCAUCAGGGGUUAAAAUACUGCCAUCCCGACUAGUUUUAGCUCAUCAACAUGAUCACCACAGGCUGGGAGAUUUUUUAUACCUGUCGGACUGGAAAUCAUUUUACAUUUAUAUUUACACAUGAGUUUCAGUCAGUCAUAUUUGGUGUAGCACAUUUUGAUUUCAGCCGGCAGAAUUGUUUUGAUCUUACCACACCGAAUAUCUUGUAGAAAUGUCAGCCAUCUUCAACCCUUUGCUAUAUAUAUAUAUAUAUAUAUAUAUAUAUGUGUGUAUUGCAUGUAUGUAAGGCUUGAAAUAUAUUUUGUGGAGAAGGAAGCCAUAUUUGCCACUACAAUUGUUAAUCUUUAAUUUUAAUGUUAGAAAUUGAGGAGUGGUUCUAAAAUUAAUCUCAAAAUGAGACUUCAAAUUGGAGUAAUAGGUAAGUUUUUAACAAUGUACAAACACACAUAAACAAUUAUUAAUUGUAUUAUCACUUCUAAAAUGAGCAAUUUUCUAUAUAACUGGAAUAAUGUAAAAUAUAAAGAUUUCUGCCAGUGAAAUAAUGUACCAUACCCUAAAAUCUUGGAAAUUAAUGGAUGUAUUUUUGUAAUUUUCAGACAUUCUAUUAGUAAUAGAACUGCUGUUUAAAGGCAUAUUGUCACACACCACUGACCUAU